CUCCCGCCCGCGACCUGCGGGGAUCGUUAGCGGUCCCAGCCCCCGUCUAGAUUCAAAUCCGACUGGGUGAAGGAGGACCUGAGGAGGACCCACGCACGUGAGGGCAGGGCCCAUCUGAUUAAACAGACCAGGCCACUCACUGUGGAGUGGACCAAAGAUACUCCUGUCCCUGAGCCCAUGGAGAUAAGGUCUGAUGCCAGCCACAAGGAGAAUGUGUCCCCAAAGCCUGCAGUGCUCCCGAAGCCAGAGCAACGAAGAUUCCGGAGGAGCCUGGGCAUCGGCCUGAGCAGUAGACAUGACCAGUGGGUGCCUAGGUGCCAGGUGGAGAGGGGAGGGCCUCCUGCCACACCCUCCCCAGGGGCAGUGCUAGACCAGGAGCCCUGCCGAGUCCAGACCAACCUGGCCAGCCCUGGUCCCUGCCUGGGCCUAGCUCUGAAGGACACGACUGGCCGACUGGUCAAUUCAAGCUUCUGGCAACAGAGCAACCUGCAGUCCCCGGCCAGGAGGCGCCAAGGGAAGGCCCGAGAGUUUGCCAUCCAGCAGAGCAACCUGAGCAUCAACGAGACCAGCAGCCCCCACCUCUGCCCAGAGCCUGGGGGGAGCUUUGGGCCCCACAAGCUGCCCUGGGGUCAUCUCCUAUCCCAAGAGCCACUGGCUUGCCCGUCUCCCUGCCUGAGGCAGUCCAGACUGCUGGCCCCAGGCACCCCUAGCGGGGACUUCAGGCCCACUGAAGCCUUUGCCCCUCUCGAUGGGCACACACACCCAGACCUCAGAUACUGGGGUGGCCUGGGGAGCUGGAGGUCCAGGCUGGUGGGGGAACCUCUCACCAUGGAGGACCUGGCUGUCCCCAGUCAGAACCAGACUCGGGCCCCAUCCCAUGCUGCCGUCCACCAGCUGCUGGCCUCCGUACGUUGCCUGGCGCAGGAGGCAGCCCAACUCAGGUGCCAGGCACCCCAGGAGCCCCCCGCUGCUGUGCAGCAGAACCUCUGGACCAGCAGCGGCCAGCCCUUCUCCUCCCACCCCCAGCCCAGCCAGCCUGUCCUUGCUUCCUGGGAUGACAGGAGGAGACGCCUUCGAGGCCACAGGGAAACUGUAGCUUUCUUGGAGACCCCGGCUAGUCUCUCAGACUCUUGGGCACAAAGCAAGCUAAUGUCACCUGAGACCACUUUGGGGACACUGACUGAGGAUUCCCUUAAUCCUGAGCAGCAGCUCCCUCCUGCCCACACCCUAGGGUCAGGAGACAGCUGCUCCCCCUGGUCUCCAGAUGGCAGGGCACAGAGGGGUGACCCCAGUCUCCCUCGAGGGGUGGGAAGCAGGGGGACCGACCCCUGUUCCUCAGCCUUCUCCAACACAGCCUGGGGAGUCUCAACCAAGCAGAAAGGAGAGGAGGGGGCCCCAAGGGAGCGGGUCCACAGGGAGGAGGAGAGGACAGCUUUCCAUCUGCCAGACACAGUCCCAGCGAGCAGUGCCUCGAAGAACAAGGCACAAAAUGUCAUAGCCCCGGAGUCUGAGGCAACCUGCUGGCAGCUGUUGUCCAGAUGUUUUCGAUCCUGGAGGCACUUGGUGAAGAGGCAGCGGGAGCCAGCGGCGGCGGCAGUGGCACUGGGCCGCUGGCAGCUGUUGCGAAAGGGCCUUCAGGCCCUGUGGCUCCGGGAGGCUCAGCUGGAGGCAGCAUGGGGGCAGUACACAAAGGUUCUGCUGGUCCGGAGCUUCCGAGAGUGGAGAAACCUGGCUUUACAGCAGAAACAAGUACAGCCCCACAUGCAGGCUGGGCCAGGGUCCCCGCCCUCCAGGAGAGCCCAGGGCCAAGGCCUCUCCUUGGGAAGAAGCACAGUGGUGGACCCCGCCCAGAGAAGCAGACUGGAACACACCAGGCAGAGAACAGACAGCAGAGACAAGAGAGUCCAGAUCCUGCAGGCCCUGCAACUGGUUGUGUUCUUCCUGUGGUGCCAACAGAAGAAACGAGCCAGACAGGAGAGGGAGACUUGGCGCAAGGCCACCAGGGCCACACAGAGGACAGGGAGCUUCCCCCAGGCCUGGCACUCUACUGCUGCAGGUGUAGCCUGGGCAGCCCCACUGAGCCCCCAGCACCAGAGAGCUUGGCUGUGCAGGUGCUUCGGGGCGUGGCAGCAGUUUGUGCAAAGAGGAUCCUGGUACCGAGACCACCUGGCUGACCGCCGGACAGGGACCCUGAGGAAAUGCCUGGAACAGUGGGUGCGGAUGAAGCAGCUCCGGGAGUCAGAUGGGGCAAAGGUGACCCAGCUGUCCCUCUGCCGGCAGAAAGCAGGACGUGAGGCUCUCUACACCGCAGGCCCUGGAGCCUGUGGCCUGGGUACAGUGGGCCAGGCCCAGGGGCUGCAGAAGCAAGGCCGGGGCUCCCUGCAGGAUGCCUGCCGGACACUGGCCCUCUGCCGGGCGCUGCUGUUGUGGAAGAUGCGGCUUUUCCAGCGCCAGUGGGCCAACUCCUUCUUCCAAGGCCUGCAGCAGCGGAUGCUGCAGCGCAGCCUGAGAUGGUGGCACUUGAGGGCAUUGGGCCCAGAUGCCACAUCAAGCUGCACCAAGACCCCCUCGGCUCUGGAGCCACUGGGCAGCAGCACACUACAAGACUCUCUGGAGAAGGUUCCCAGGGCCCCCGCCCUCCAGGAUACUCUCCAGGGGAGCCUUCUGUGGGCAGCUGGGCAGCGACAGCAGGGGCAGUGCCUUCUGCUCUGGCAGGCACGGGCCCAGCAGUUCCAGGGCACAGCCAGGUGGUACUGGCAUACCCUCCAGAGGCGUAUCUUCCUCAGCUGGAGCCGCUGGGCAACAGCCCAAGGGGCCUGGAGAGAGCUGGCUUCCCACCGGGCCUGGGAUCGGAGCUGCAGGGCUGUGCUGGGCCUGUGGCGUCAGCGGCUGGUGCAGUUGCGGCUGGUGGAGCAGUGGGCCCAGGAGCGGGGCUGGCGGCUGGCACGAGAUGCCCUAUGCCACUGGUACUCCUGCUGGCAGGGGCAGCAGUUCCGGCAUGAAAAGUGCCAGACAUGGGUGCAGAUCCACCUCCAGGGCCUGCAGAAGGCGGUGUUCCAGAGCUGGCAGCAGGCAGCUGCUCGUCAGAGACGCACAGUGACCCGGCCAGAGCAGCUGCUACUGCAGAGCUACUUCCAGGCCUGGUGUGAGGUUGUAAGAGACACGGGGGUGCUCCAGGCCCAGCAUCAAGCCUUUCAGGAUGGCCUGAGGAGAAGGGCACUGGGGGCCAUGUUUGCCACAUGGCGGGAAGCCCAGGAAGCGGCAGCCGGGGCACAGGAGCAGCGUGUGGCCCAGGCCUCCCUUGCCCGCUGGAGAAGCUGCGGGCAGCAAGGCCAGGAAAAUGGGCAGCAGAAGAAUGCCCGGGCCCCGCAGGCCUUCCCAGCAUGGCCAGUGGCCCCGGGCAUGCACCGUGAGGCCCAGCAGCAGGCAGGAGAGAGUGCUGGGGCCCAGGCAGCCCAGUGCUGCACCUGGUGCUGGACUCUGUGGGUGCGUGAGUCCUGUCGGGGCCAGGUCAGCCGAGCCCAUGCUUCCUGGAAGCUGCGAGCCUGGGUCCUAGAGGCCUCGGCGCAGUUGGCGGCGCGCGGCGGUGUCCAGCGAGCCAUCGUCACCCAGCUCCGGCCGGCUGAGCUCAGGCCCUUCCUGCGGACGGCGCAGCUCAGGGUGCGGCUGGGACUGCGGGCCGAGGCCCGAGGGGCCGGUAACGUACGCCCCAAGCCCCAGGCUGACCUCACGCUCUGGCCCCGGAUGGCCAGCAGGGGGAGCCUGCUGCUGGACGCCCCAGCCCCUUGGAAGCAGGAGAAGACCCGCAGCUGCUGGACACAGGCCACAGGGCUGGUGCCACCUGCGCCAUCACUGCAGUGCAGCCUGGGUGGACAGAGGAAGCCAAGGGGAACGGCCUGGGCUCAGAGGUGCAGAGAACAUUCCCUCUGCCCUGCCUUCCAGCUCUGGCUGCAGUGGCCUGGACAGAGUAGCUGGGUCCCAGGCCUGCCCCUGUGGACGAGGGACCAGGGACCAAGAAGGCACUCCAGCCCUGAGCCCAGAGCCCGCAAAGCCCAAAGCGAGGCCCAUAAAAGGAGGCUAGGGAGGAAGUACCUGCGGUGCCGGUGCCUUGAGGCACUGCUUCACGGGCUGCGGGGUUCCCAGCAGGCCAGGUGCCUGGCAGCGGCAUGGCAACACUGGGUGGAUGCCCAAGGGGCAAAGCAGCUGGCACGGACCCUGCUCAGGGAGUGGCACCUGAGAUGGGCCUGGCGGACGUGGUGGCAGCGGAUCCUGCGACUGCGAGUGGCUCAGCAGUUACAGCAGCAGGAAGAUGGCUGGGUCCUUUCCCAGGCCUUUAAGAAGUGGCACCAACGCCUGGCAGCCAGGAGCCCAAGGAGAGGAGCUGCCAGUAGCUCGAGACCCUGGAGCAAGCCAGGCCCCAAGGGCCCCGAGAGUGGACAGGAAGCCGCCAGAGCCCCGCGGGGUUGGGGGCUUGGGGCACAGCAUGGGGCCCAGCUGCAGCUAUGACUUGUUCCCACAGAAUAAAAAGCAGAACUGAACUUAGCCUUCCCAGGGAAGGAACCAUGCCCCACACAUCCAGGGAGUGAUGACAGAGGGGACAGCUUGAAGAGCUCUGAAGAACAAUAAAACCCACUCCUCA